AGGAGGAGAGAGCUCUUCUCCAGGUACAGUUCUCCAGAGCUCCACUUCUCCAGCUCUCCAGCUCUCCCGGUGCAAAAUUCGGCUGAGCUGCUGAGAAAGAAAAAAAUAAGAAGAAGAAGAAGAAAAAAGAAAACUGUUUCGCGAGCACGAUCGGAUCCCCCAACCAAACAGAUCUCCAGGAGGACCACCUCUCCAUCCAUCUCCGCUUCUCAAGCGCUCAGGCUCCAGGAUUUGCUGGAGCGACGCGCAAAAAAACGGGACCAAGGAGGACUCGUCCAGGCAUCUCCAGCUCCAUCUCCAGCAGCUCCCGGAUCUGACAGGCACGGCUCUGCCGCUCCUCCAGCUCCAGCUCCAGCUCCAGCUCCACCUCGAUCUGCUGGUGUGUCCCGGGCUCCAGCGCCCCAGAUCUCGCAGCCCCAAGCGUCCAUGCUUUGACACGGCUCGGGGACGCGCGCACCAUGCCCGCCUGCGAGCGCCGGGGGAUGCGGCGGCGGGGCGACACCUGCCUGUGAGGCGCAGGAGGGGGGAGCCGGAUCUCCGCGGACCAUCAGCCCCGAGAUGUUCCUGCUCCCGGUGCUGCUGCUGCUGCUGCUGUGGCUCCUGUCGGGGACGGUGGCGGCGCCGUCGCUCACGGACGAGCAGUUGGACACGGGGGUGGAUUGGCUGAGCAAGUUUGGGUACCUCCCACCGCCGGACCCUGUGACCGGACAGCUGCAGACCAAGGAGGCUCUGACCAAAGCCAUCAAAGCCAUGCAGAAGUUUGGAGGCCUGGAGGAGACCGGCGUGUUGGACGAAGAGACCCUGGGCCUGAUGAAGACUCCACGCUGCUCUCUACCCGACCUCUCCGAGUCUGAAUCACCUUUGACCCGACGGAGACGUGCGCCGCCCUCCCAGUCCAAGUGGAGCAAGAGACACCUGUCCUGGAGGAUUCGGACCUUUCCCAAGGAGUCGCACCUGCUGGGCCGGGACACGGUGCGGGCGCUCAUGUACUACGCCCUGAAGGUGUGGAGCGACAUCGCGCCGCUCGACUUCCACGAGGUGGCGGGGAACCAGGCCGACAUCCAGAUCGACUUCACCAAGGCCGACCACAACGACGGCUACCCGUUCGACGGCCCCGGGGGCACCGUGGCGCACGCCUUCUACCCCGGGGACCGCCUCACCGCCGGGGACUCGCACUUCGACGACGAUGAGGCCUGGACCUUCAGGUCACCAGACGCCCACGGGAUGGACCUGUUCGCGGUGGCGGUUCACGAGUUCGGCCACGCCAUCGGCCUGGCGCACACCUCGGCCGUCGAGUCCAUCAUGAGGCCGUACUACCAGGGCCCCGUGGGCGACCCGCUCAAGUACCACCUCCCGUACGAGGACAAGGUCCGCGUCUGGCAGCUCUACGGGGUUCGAGACUCUGUGUCCCACACGGCACAACCCAACACCUCCCGCGGUACGGACCCCCCUGUACUGCUGGAUCUGCCGGAGAACCGCUCCGCUGUCCUGCCGGAACGCGACGCCCCCAACAGGUGCACCACUCACUUUGACGCAGUGGCCCAGAUCCGCGGAGAGGCUUUCUUCUUUAAAGGGAAGUACUUCUGGCGCCUGACGAGGGAGAAGCAGCUGGUGUCCCUGCGCCCGGUGCCGAUCCAUCGCUUCUGGAGGGGUCUGCCCACUUUCCUGGACAGUGUGGACGCCGUGUACGAGAGGCCCGGAGACCACAGGAUCGUAUUCUUCAAAGGGCUGAAGUACUGGGUGUUCAAGGAUAACAAUGUGGAGGAGGGCUACCCCCGGCCAAUCAGCGACUUCGGUUUGCCCACAGAUGGUGUGGACGCCGCCUUCGUGUGGCCACACAAUGACAAGACCUACUUCUUCAAGGACGGUCGCUACUGGCGCUACGACGACUACGUGCACCGCAUGGACCUGGGCUACCCCAAGGACAGCACGCUGUGGAAGGGGGUCCCGCCCCAGCUGGACGACGCCAUGCGCUGGUCCGACGGGGCCUCCUACUUCUUCAAGGGGGCUGAGUAUUGGCGGGUGGCGGGCAGCGGCAUGGAAGUGGAGGACGGCUACCCACGGCCCAUCGGCAAGGACUGGCUGGUGUGUGCAGAUAUGCUGUCAGACUCUCCUGCCCCGGAGACAAACGGCACAGAGACACACCCUCGGGGACGGCACCGUGCCAGCCACGCAGGUAGCAACUAUGAGGUGUGCUCCUGCACCUCCGACUCAGCCACGGCCCUACGGCCGCGCCUCUUUGAGGCCCCACUGUUGCCUGUGGCCCAGCUCUCCUCCCUCGGACUGCUGGUCCCUCUCUGGACGAUAGCAGCGGCCAUUCGUUGGCCCGUGUGACGGGAGCCUCCUGAACUCACACAACCCCAGACGGAGUGAAUCAUCCCGGCUUGGUACCUUCUGCUUGCUUCUGUUUGCUGUUCU